GGCCCGGCGGCUGCAGGCCCGGGCGGCUCGGCGGGGACACCGGGCCGAGCUGCUGCACAUCUUCCACCUGCUGCCCGCCUUCCUGGUGAGGAUGAGCAGCGACGUCCUGGACACGGCGCUGAAGCUGCCGUAUGUGAAGUACAUUGAGGAGGAUGCCUACGUCUUUGCCCAGAGCAUUCCCUGGAACCUGGGCAGGAUCCUGCGGCCACAGCCCAGCUCGGGCUCCUACAGCCCUCCCAAUAAAGGUGACCUGGCCGAGAUUUACCUGCUGGACAGCAGCGUGCAGAGCAGCCACCGGGAGAUCGAGGGCAAGGUGACUGUGACUGGCUUCGAGAGCAUCCCCGAGGAGGAUGGCACCCACCUCCACAGGCAGGCUGGCCAGUGUGACAGCCACGGGACACACGUGGCCGCGGUGCUGAGCGGGCGCGACGCCGGCGUGGCCAGGGGCGCCAACAUCCGCAGCCUCCGGGUGCUGAACUGCCAGGGCAAGGGCGCCGUCAGCAGCACGCUCAUGGCCCUGGAGUCCAUCGGGAGGGCGCCGGGGGCUCGGCCGCGGGUGGUGCUGCUGCCGCUGGCCGGGGCGCUGAGCCCCGCGCUGAACGCGGGCUGCCGGCGGCUGGCACGGGCCGGGGCGGUCAUGGUGGCGGCUGCCGGCAACUACAGGGACGAUGCCUGCCUCUACUCGCCUGCAUCCGAGCCGGAGGUCAUCACGGUGGGUGCCACCGACAGCCAGGACCAGCCUGCCUCCAUCGGCACCCUGGGCACCAACUUUGGCCGCUGCGUGGACCUGUUUGCCCCUGGGGACGACAUCGUCGGCGCCUCCAGCGAGUGCAGCACGUGUUUCACGGCGCGGAGCGGCACCUCGCAGGCGGCCGCGCAUGUGGCAGGCAUCGCGGCCGUGCUGCUCAGCGCCGAGCCCCGGCUGGGCCGGGCCGAGCUCCGCCAGCGCCUCCUGCGCUUCUCCACCAAGGGCGGCCUGGACGCGGCCUGGAUCCCGCAGGAGCAGCGCCCGCAGACGCCCAACAGCGUAGCGGGGCUGCCCGCACGGCUGGCGGCAGAGGAGCAGCGCCUGCUCUGCCGCUCGGUGUGGUCGGCGAGCUCGGGGCUGUCCCGGCGCUCCAGGGCCGUGGCUCGCUGUGCCAGCACCGAGGAGAUGCUCAGCUGCUCCAGCUUCUCCCGCAGCGGCGGCCGGCUGGGAGAGCACAUGGAGGACAAGCACGGGCAGAAGCAGUGUGUGGCCCACAGCCGGGGCCAGGGCGUUUAUGCCGUCGCCAGGUGCUGCACAUGGCCCAGGGCUGGGUGCCGGAUCAAGGCCGGGUCCCCGGGGGAUGAGGGGGCCCAGUGCUCCCCAGGAGAACAAGUGCUGACAGGGUGCAGUUUCCUCUCCCCAUCCGUGGUGCUGGGUGCUGGGGGCAGGCCCGUGGAGGGGCUGGGGAGGGGGCUCAGCCGCUGUGCCAGCAGGACAGAGGCGGUGGCACACGCCCUGUGCUGCCCCAGGGCCAGCCUCGAGUGCCAGCUGAAGGAGCACACAGCCCUGGAACACGAGGACAAGGUGACAGUGUCCUGUGAGGAUGGCUGGACGCUGACAGGCUGUAACACCCUGUCCCAGAGCUCCGUGGGAGCCCACAUUGAGGACAAUUCCUGCGUGGCCACCACUGGCCCUGGCAGCAGCUCGGCCAUGGCCAUUGCCAUCUGCUGCCGGAGCCGGCAGUAGGGACAGACUGAGCUGGGGGAGGCUCCUGGGGCACAGCAGGGAUGGGGGCCUUGCUGUACCUGUGUGGCCCUGGCUCGGUGCCUUCCCAGGGUUUCCAGAACAAUCCAUGCUCCGACAUGCAGCUGAUG